GUGUACGGUGGUGUCAUGCAUUUGGCAUUCUGUGCGCGGCUCCUUUAAGAGACCCCGGAAGUGGAUGUGAAGUGCAACAUUAUAUACAAGGUUUAUUUUGGUUCGUAUUUGUCAGGCGCGCAAUGACGUCUUUCCACUUAUGUACAGCCGCGCGCUCUUUGCUAAAGUCUUAUCGACACAGAGAAGUGUUAAAAACGGUCCAGGGACUCAGAGUGUGGGAGUUCAGAAACAUGUAUCCAUGUACUUCCAUCGCAUGGCUCAACAGCAUGGAGGAGAUCCUGAGAAAGACAGUGGCCCCAUUUCCCAGCUAUGAGAUGAGAGACAAAUCUCCACCUCCACCUGAAUCAAACAAUCUGGAGUUCAUGCACUUCUACAAAAGUAUAGAGAAAGAGCAAAAACUGGAGUUUCUCGAGAAGUUGUCUUAUGAUUUCGGGGUAGAUCACAGAUGGGCUUCGGACCUGGCUGCGAAGUUGCUGGACACUCAGGUGCGGGAUGUGGCCACCAUCCUGCAGGUGGAGGACAGGUUACGGUACAGUUUAACACCCCGGUACCGACAGCUGCUCACGCACAUCAGCAGGGUUCAGGGCGGGGUGAAGUUCCUGGUGGACCUCAGGGCAGAUCUCAUCGAGUUAGCGUCCUCAAAAAUUACUGACAGCCCACAUAUGAGGGAUCUGAACAGCACUCUGAAGAGUCUUCUGUCAGAAUGGUUCUCCGUUGGGUUACUCCGACUCGAAAGAAUCACUUGGCAGUCCCCAUGCGAGAUCCUUCAGAAGAUCAGCCAGUACGAGGCAGUCCAUCCUGUGCGGAACUGGACGGAUAUCAAACGCAGAGUGGGGCCAUACCGGAGAUGUUACGCCUUCACCCACGCCUCCAUGCCUGGAGAACCACUGGUGGUGCUGCACGUUGCCUUAACUGAAGACAUAGCAAAUAAUAUCCAGGGAAUUGUAAGAGAGUUUUCCACUCUAGACACGGAUGAGGAUGUGAACAAGAUCAAUGCGGCCAUCUUCUACUCCAUCUCCUCCACUCAGGCUGGAUUGCAGGGGGUGGAGCUUGGAAAUUACCUCAUCAAGAGGGUGGUCCGAGAACUGCAGAGUGAAUUUCCUCACAUGGCCCAGUUCUCCAGUCUGUCUCCCAUCCCCGGCUUCUUCUUAUGGCUACAAGGGGCUCUCGGACAGCACAAGAAGGAGGGACGUGCCAUAGAGCUCCUGUCUGAGCAGGAGUGGAGGGAGGUGGAGGAUGUGACGGGAGCCGCCCCUGGUGCCCCAGCUCUGGAGGCCCUGCGCAGGCUCAUCAGCACCAGCGAGUGGAUCCGCUCCGACCGCCUGGUCCGUGCUCUGGAACCUGCCCUAAUGCGGCUCUGCGCCUGGUACCUGUACGGAGAGAAACGCCGGGGCUACGCCCUAAACCCUGUGGCCAACUUCCAUCUUCAGAACGGCGCCACCAUGUGGAGGCUGAACUGGCAAGCGGACACAAGCCCACGAGGAAUUGCCAACUCUUGCGGCAUAAUGGUAAAUUAUCGCUACUUUUUAGAAGAGACCAGCACAAACAGCACCGACUACCUGCAGAGUAAAGUCAUCAAGGCUUCGGAGCAGGUGAUGGGCCUGGUGUCACAAUUCCAGAAAAACAGCAAACUCUGAUUCAAAUCUGUGGCUCUGCAUUGGGACAAAAUGUGUUGGCACUCAAAUUCUGUGUUAUAAUUUUUUUAUAUUUUUGAUAACUCAAUGAAGGUUAAGCAAGCCUUAUAUGGAUCUAUGACUGAAACCAGCAUAUGUCACAUUUCAUUGUUAGUUCAGAAAUGGACAGUUGUACUCUGCUUUUCUGAAAGAUAAUAAUCCAAUAAAUCAAAUUUUAAAGGCAUAGUUCACCCAAAAAU